AUGCCUCCGCCGCAGGGCUUCGGUUCCAGCCCAGGCUCCAACCCGGGUUCUGGUUCCGGCUCUGGCUCUGGCUCUGGCUCUGCUUCCGGCUCUGGCUGCGGCCUUGAGCCCUCCCAGCCGACGGCAUUUGACAUGCAGCAGUUUGCGAGACGGGAAUCGAUGCUGGCCAUGGCCGUGAAUCUCCCAGCGACGCUGUCUUCAUCGCCGGCAUCUUCAGCGCCUUCAGCUCCCUCAGCAGCAGGCCCGGCAGCCACUGUCACUACGCCGCUGCAACACCGCCUGCCGCCGCCGCGCCGACGUCCAGCUCCAUCGUCGUCUUCGCUUCAGCUUCAACUCCCUGCUUCCUCCUCUGCUUCCUCUACCCUGGCUUUCUUUUCUGAUACUGGUUCUGCUGCUGCUUCCACGUCCACUGCCGCCUUUGCUUCAACUGCUUCUCAGGCCUCGGCUUCAGCCUCAGCCGCCUCUAAUACUACUGCUGCUGCUGCUGCUGCUGCUGCUGCUACCACUACCACCACUACUUAUACUAGCAUUCCACCUACCACGCCAGCUCGAGGACAACCUCGUCUGCCGUCGUUUGCUGUUGUUACUGCCGCGGCCGCUGCUGCUGCGGCUGCUGCUGCCGCCGCUGAUUCAUCUUCUGCUUCUUCACCUCCUCGGCCGCCUCUUUCGCCGCUUGAUUCAUCGCCAUCGUCUGUCUCAACCUCGUCUUCCUCCUACACAGCCUCCCACCCAGUUCUGCCGCCGCUGCCCAUCAACCUGCCGCAGGAGAGCUCUCCAACAUACUUGCCCUGGACCUCGAUACACCACCAUUUCCCCGGACUUGACCCUCUUGUGUCGCUUUCAGCUCCUCUCAACAACAACAUCAAUAGCAUCAAUAGCAGCAGCGAGAACAGCAACAGCGGCAACAUCGGCGCCGACGCCGACGUCAGCGACAUCCCCGCCCACUUCAGCACGCCCUCCUUCAACCACUUCCCUGCGGCCUUGGUUGGAUCGCAGCCCUUGUCCUUCUGGCCCGCCUAUGAAAACCCCAUCAACCUGCCAACGGCCUGGAACGAGUCUGCUCACGCCCUCGGCCACCUCGACGUUUCCACAGCCCUUGGCCAGGCUGUGAUGGUCCUUCCACUAUCACCUGCUCUCCAGUCAUCGCGGCCGCCUGUUCCCCAGACCCAGUCAGAUGAGGCCUACUUGCUGCAGGACUUUGACAUCCACUCUGACAUCGACGCCGAUUUUGCGGACCGUCUGCGCGCUGAAAACCUGCGCGCUCGGGCUCGAGCUCUGUCGUCGACUUUGGCUACAUUUUCGGCCACGUCGGCUUCUGCUACUGCUGCCACUGCUGCUGCUGCUGCUGCUGCUGCUGCUGCCACUUCCACUGCCCAGCGGCCUACGGCGCCCCGCCAGCGCCACCACCGCGCUACUCACAACCUGGCGUCGCCACCGGCCCUGCUCGACGGCUUCGCUCUCCCUCGAACCAUCCCCGGAGCCUUCAACGGCAUCUUCGACGAACCUGAGGAUAUUCCCAAUUUUCCUUUUCCACCCCCCCUCGCCAGCACGACGCAUCCGACCCUCUCUUCGCCAUCCGCCACCAUGCCUCCAGCAUCCACGGCGCGGCGACGAUCGCGGAGACAGACCAUCACGUCCGAAACUCACCAUGACCCGACCUCGACUUCGCCUUCAAUAGGCGCCGCGCGCGCCAGCAAGCGCCAGAGGGUCGUGCCGUCUGGUGCCGACGCGAACGAGCAAGUCAUAGAUGACGAUGACGACUCCUUGUUUGGCGACUCCAAAUCUCUGCAGGGCGAGGAUUAUACGACGAUUGACCUCACUGAGGCCACCGACGUUCCCGAAGAGCUUAAAAAGCCCAAAGUGGAUAAUAGAGUCAAGCUCUCCGGUUUCCAAUGCGUCAUAUGCAUGGACGAUGUAACGGGAUUGACGCUCACGCAUUGUGGCCACCUAUUCUGCGCGCAGUGCCUCCAUUCCUCGCUCAACAUUGAAUCAACAAGAGGCAAAUGCCCCAUGUGUCGAGCUAAGAUCGACAUGAAGGCCCGCGAUACUUACACCACGAAGACGAAAGGGUAUUGGCCGCUCGAGUUGAAACUGAUGACGAGAACGCGCCAGGGCAAGCGAAAAGCUCAGGCCAUGACUUAA